GAUUAUUUACUUCAAAUCUUAAACCACUUUACUUGGAAAAUGUCCCAAAAAAAGCUGAUCAGACCAUAUAUCUUGACGUUACUUUUGAAGAAGAUGCCUCUAAUAUUAACAGAGGAAGAUUUAAUGGUACCUCAUACGUAAUUGAUGAAAAUAAUCCAACUAUAAAUCAAGUCAUGUUUAAAAACCAAACUACAUUUAAACCAAAUCAAAAUGUCUAUGGCCAAUUUAAUGUUUCCGAAGUUAUUGAUAUUGUGGUUUAUAACAACGAUGAAGGAGAACAUCCAUUUCACUUGCAUGGACACGUGUUCUGGGUACUUGGUUCAGGUCCAGUCGAUACUAAACCUGAUUUUUCGAAAUUAAAUAUUUACGAUCCAAUUAAACGUGAUACCGCAACUGUACCUCCUGAAGGCUGGAUGGUGAUUAGAUUCGAAGCAAAUAAUCCUGGAAUAUGGGCUUUCCAUUGUCACAUCGAG